AUGGCUGGAGAAAUACGUGACCAGCAACCAAAUCCUUGGAGGAACCAUCUUGAUGAGCCGCCUUUGGACGAGGUCCAAGACCGCAUACCACGAGAAGGCCUUGGACCGGAGCUUAACCGAGCCGAUAGGCUACACCGAGGAGACCUAGGCGAUCACCAAGGAGGGGAGAACCAAGAGACCGUUGGAGACAGUGACUCUAGACCAGAGCUUCUCCAAAGCCGUAGCCCUAUCCGGACUUACGAGGGCCACCAGUUUGAGAUCAAGCCGCGAGUCAUUGCUUUGGUAAAACAAAGUCAAUACCACGGGCUUAUCGAAGAAGAUCCGUUGGAUCAUGUCGAUUCUUUUGAAGAAUUGUGCAGCACAACUAGUGCAAAUGGAGUUCCGGGCGACUACUUGAGAUGCCGGCUCUUUACUUUUACCUUGGCGGGAAAAGCACUCAAGUGGCUCAAGUCUCUCCCGUCUCGCUCAAUCACUACAUGGAUGGAGUUCAAGAAAGCUUUUCUUGGUCAGUUUUAUACAAAGCAGCGGACUAGCUUGAUGAGGAGCAAGAUCGUUGGCUUUCAGCAAGGGCCAAUAGAGCCGUAUCAUGAGGGAUUGGAGCGCUUCAAGGAAUACAUAAGAGAUUGCCCACAACAUGGCUUCUCGGAAGUAAACUUGUGGAACACGUUUUAUGAGGGAAUAAGGCGCGAGCACAAGCUGUAUCUUGAUAUAGCUAGCAACGGGAACUUCAUGAGUAAGUCCAUAGAGGAAGCCAAAACAUUGAUUGAUAACCUAGCGGUCAGUGACAGCAAGAAUCAACCGAGCUAUGAAGAAACGAUCAAGGCAAUCAACGCGAGACCGGGACUAGUUGAGUUUGAGGAGCUGAAGUCCAUGAUCGCUAAGCUUUUGGAGAGAGAACCGGAGCAUCGCUUGAGCCCCCAGAUACAACAUCCGGCUGAAACCCGACUUGGCGCUAAGGACCAUGGAGGAGAGCUUAAGGCUUUGAUCUAUGAGUUCAUUGGUGAACAGAGAAAGGCGAACAAGGAGAUCAAUGAGAAGAUACACUAUGUGUAUCACGACUUGAACAAUAAAUUUGGGUCGCUAGAGUCGCACAUCAAGGAGCUUGAUCUUCAAAUAGCAAACAUAGCCGGUACAAUCAAGAAACCGCUUGGAGUCCUCCCUGGUCGAACUGAGGCUAACCCCAAGAAGGAACAUAUAGCGGCCAUCACUCUUAGGAGCGGUACGCAGUUAGACGAAGUGGAGAUGCCACCGGAGCUCAUAAGGAAAGAACCUCAACCGGAGGUAAUAUUGGAAAGCGUGGAAGAAGCGGCUGGCGAGCAAACAAAGACAAAUCUUGAGGAGAGCGCCGCGCCAACAACACCUACUCUGCGCGUAUAUAAGCCAAAAGUGCCCUACCCCGGAUCAGUGAAGAAGCCCAAGAAAGAGAAAGAGCAAGCAAAGUUGAAGGACCUUGUGAGCCAACUAAGCGUAAGGCUCCCUUUUGUCGAUGCUUGCAUGAUUAUUCCAUCAUUGAGGAAGUAUAUGAAGAGCAUACUCACUAGCAACUUGAGUCUAGAAGAGGGAGUGAUGUUGAUAACAGAAGAUUGUAGCCUAGCCCUCCAAAACAAAACCCCGGAGAAGCUUGACGACCCGGGGAGCUUUGUUCUCUCAUGCCAAAUCGGAGGUACGAUCUUUAAACGCUGCCUUUGUGACUUAGGGUCUAGCGUGAAUCUUAUGCCCUAUACAGUGGCCAAGCGCCUUGGCAUAACAAGCUUUAGACCCACAAAGAUUCAGUUGGUCUUUGCUGAUCGAUCGGUGAGGCGGCCCAUUGGCAUCGUGAGUGAUGUACAAGUCAUGAUUGGUAAAUGUUUCAUACCGGCUGACUUUGUGGUGCUGGAACUAGACCAAGAACCAAGAGAUCCCCUGAUCUUAGGGCGACCUUUCUUAGCCACAGCCGGCGCCAUUAUUGAUGUCAAGGGAGGAAAGAUAGACUUACACUUGGGAGACUUGGUAAUGAAGUUUCAAAUUGACAAAACUUUGGAAAAGCCAACUAUCGACGGGUUCUCUUUCUUGGUGGACAAUUUAAGUGAGGUGUCUGAAGGAGUGUAUGAGGAGCUGAUAAUGGACGACCCCUUAGAAGUGGCACUAACCCGUGUGGAGAAAGAAGGAGGCUAUUUUAGUAGAGAAGCGCGAGACAUAGCCAAAUCACUCGAUAACGCGGAGACGUACAAGAACUUGGUAGCUUAUGUUGGCUUGGAGGAAGAAGUAAUGGGCACAAACGCCUCAAGGGAUGCAUCCAAGCCGUCAAAGGAGCCAUGGAGUGAGUUGAGCGCUCCAAAAGUCGAGCUCAAGGAGCUCCCCGUAGGGCUAAGGUACGCAUUUCUCGGUCCCAACAAUACAUACCCGGUGAUAAUCAAUUCAAAUCUAUCAAAUGUAGAGACCGCGCUAUUACUUUGUGAACUAAGAAAACACCGCAAAGCCCUUGGGUACACCCUUGAGGAUAUAACCGGUAUUUCCCCAGAACUUUGUAUGCACAGGAUACAUCUCGAGGAUGAGUCUAAGUCCUCCAUAGAGCAUCAAAGGAGACUAAAUCCAAACCUGAAAGAUGUGGUGAAGAAGGAGAUAAUGAAACUCUUGGAAGCUGGAGUGAUAUACCCUAUCUCGGACAGUACAUGGGUGAGCCCGGUCCACGUAGUUCCAAAGAAAGGAGGAGUGACGGUCAUAAGGAACGAGAAUGAAGAGCUCAUACCCACCAGAACGAUCACUGGCCACCGGAUGUGUAUCGACUAUCGUAAACUCAAUGCCGCGACCAGAAAAGACCAUUUUCCCUUACCUUUUAUAGAUCAAAUGCUUGAAAGGCUUGCUAACCAUCCUUACUAUUGUUUCUUAGAUGGUUACUCAGGUUUUUUCCAAAUCCCAAUCCAUCCCGACGACCAAGAGAAGACAACAUUCACAUGUCCAUAUGGAACGUUCGCGUAUAGGCGAAUGCCUUUUGGCUUGUGUAAUGCACCGGCUACGUUUCAAAGAUGCAUGAUGUCAAUCUUCACAGACUACAUAGAAGACAUAAUGGAGGUAUUCAUGGAUGAUUUCUCAGUUUAUGGCACAUCCUUUGAUGUUUGUUUGUCAAAUCUUAGCAAGGUCCUCAAGAGAUGUGAAGAGAAGCAUCUAGUGCUAAAUUGGGAGAAGUGCCAUUUCAUGGUGAGAGAUGGGAUCGUGCUCGGUCAUAGAAUCUCGGAGAGAGGCAUUGAGGUUGACAAAGCCAAGAUCGAGGUAAUGGUGAACUUGGAACCGCCCAAGAACGUCAAGGAUGGAGAAUGCCUCGCGGCGUUCAAGAAAAUCAAAGAAGCUCUCAUUAGCGCGCCGAUUGUACAAUCACCGGAUUGGGAGCUUCCUUUUGAGAUUAUGUGCGACGCAAGCGACUACGCCGUUGGAGCUGUGUUAGGCCAAAGGAAAGAGAAGAAACUCCACGUCAUAUACUAUGCAAGCCGGACCCUCGACGAGGCACAAUGCAACUAUGCCACCACGGAGAAGGAGUUAUUGGCGAUUGUCUUUGCAUUCGAGAAGUUUCGCUCAUAUCUCGUUGGCUCCAAGGUUAUAGUGCAUACCGAUCACGCGGCUCUCAAGUAUCUGCUGUCAAAGAAAGAUGCAAAGCCAAGACUUAUACGCUGGAUACUUCUUUUGCAAGAAUUUGACCUAAAGAUCAUCGAUAGGAAAGGCGCGGAGAAUGGCGUGGCCGACCAUCUUUCAAGAAUGAGAAUCGAAGAGAGCAUACCUAUAGAUGACUCAUUACCAGAGGAAACGGUCUAUGCGGUAAGCGCAGUACCUAUGUCGAGGAAAGAGACCCCACCAAAAGCGACCACGGAGAGGAGAAAUGCCUUUGGCGCGCCUUGGUAUCGUCAUAUAGCCAACUAUCUCGCGGCCGACAUAGAGCCUCCAAACUUCUAUGGAUACAAGAAGAAGAAAUUCUUGAAAGACAUCAGAUUUUACUUCUGGGACGAGCCAUACCUCUACAAGAAGUGCCAAGACGGAUUGUUUAGAAAAUGCGUGCCGGAGGAAGAGAUAGCCGGGAUUCUCCAUGGAUGUCACGGAUCAGCUUACGCAGGUCAUUUUGCUACGUUCAAGACAGUCUCUAAGGUCUUGCAAGCGGGUUUUUGGUGGCCUACAAUGUUUAAAGACGCUCAAGCAUUCAUCUCACGUUGUGAUGCUUGCCAAAGAAUGGGGAACAUAAGCAAAAGGAAUGAAAUGCCGCAAAACUUUAUCUUGGAAGUUGAGGUGUUCGAUGUUUGGGGAAUUGAUUUCAUGGGACCCUUCCCCACAUCCUUUGGAGAUCAAUACAUCCUAGUAGCAGUGGACUAUGUCUCCAAGUGGGUUGAGGCAAUAGCAGCUCCAACAAAUGACUCGAGCGUGGUGAUAAAAAUGUUCAAAUCUAUCAUAUUCCCAAGAUUUGGAGUUCCAAGAGUUGUGAUAAGUGAUGGAGGCUCACACUUCAUCAAUCGGAUCUUUGCAAACCUUCUAAAGAAAUAUGGAGUGCGGCACAAGAACGCUUUCAAAACACCUCUCGGGACAACUCCAUUUCAUCUUGUCUAUGGCAAAGCGUGCCAUCUACCGGUGGAACUAGAGUACAAGGCAGCUUGGGCGGUCAAGGAGCUAAACUUUAACCUUAAAACCGCAGCGGAGAGGCGCCUGAUCCAACUGAACGAGCUUGAGGAGAUAAGACACUUGGCUUACGAGAACACCAAAAUCUACAAAGAAAAGACCAAAGCUCUCCAUGAUAGGAAGAUAGUGCCUAAGUCUUUCGCCGCUAACGACCAGGUUCUGCUUUUCAACUCAAGACUCAAGCUUUUUCCCGGCAAACUACGCUCAAGAUGGUCUGGCCCGUUCAAGAUAAAAGAAGUCAAGCCAUAUGGAGCAGUGGUUCUUUGGGACCCUAGUGGAGGAGACUUCACCGUAAACGGUCAGAGGCUAAAACCAUACCUAGCCAACUCGGAAAAGGGAAUAGAGGAAAUCAUACCUUUGGCCGAUGCACCACAAGAAUAA